AUGGACGAGGCGGAACAAGAGAACCCCCGAUAUUCCGAGUCCCCUUCAUCAAGAGCACCAAGAGCACCGAGCCAGAAGACUGGACAACUGAAGAAGACCAGAACAGGUACUGGCUCGACGCAGACCGGUGGUGGUCUCUUCGGCUCUUCCCAGCAGAACCAGGGCGGCGGCGGCGGCGGCGGCGGCGGCGGCGGCGGCGGCCGCUUGUUUGGAAAUACCAAUACCCAGCAGAACACCCAACAGACCGGUGGAGGUCUAUUCGGAAGCUCGCAGCAAAAUGCCCAGCAGAAGCCCGGCGGUCUCUUUGGCACCAGUCAGGCGCAGACAGGAGGUACCGGCCUCUUCGGAAGUACACAAACGCAAAACCAGAACCAGCAGACCGGCGGUCUCUUCGGUAACCAGCAGCAGCAGCAGCAGCAGCAGCAGCAGCCGCAACAACAGCAACCGCAGCAGCCGCAGCAGCAGCAGACGGGCGCCCAGCCCUCCACCACCGGCGGCCUCACCAUGGGCCAAUCCACCAACCAACAAACCGUCCCCGGCGUCCGCAUCGACCUCGCCAACAUCAAAGGCACCACCAAGUUCAACGACCUGACGCCCGAGCUCCAAAAGGAGAUCGAGGCCUGCGACACCAUCAUCCAGACCUUCGCCCGCCAAGCCGACCAGAUCAGGUCCUUCCGGGAGGGCCACCGGACCGAGCUGGACCAGCUCACCCACGACGUCGAGUGGCUGGAGCGCAAGUUCGCCGGCGUCAAGACCACCCUGGAGGAGGACGUGCAGAUGACCGCCCAGCUCAAGGACCUCGUCAAGUCCGACGCCCAGAUCGCCAAGGCCGCCUUCAGCGGCGCCGAGCAGCUCAAGCUCCCCGCCCAGUACCACACCACCUGGCUGACCGCCAGCAGGCAGCACCAGCAGCAGCCCGUGCCGCGUAGCAAGCCCAAGGGGGGCGCCGCCGCCGGCGCCGCCGCCACUGCUGCUGCUGCUUCUGCUGCUACUGCCGCCGCCGCCCCGGCCCCCGACGACGACGGGGAGCAGCCCGACCUGGAGGACUGCAUUGCGCUCUUCUCCCGCGAGGCCGAGCGGCUCAGCCGGCUGCACCAGUCGCAGGUGCAGAAGAUCAGGGAGCUCGAGCACCACAUGCCCGGCGUGCAGAACGGCUUGUACGAGCGCAUGUGUGCGCUGCGCGACGGCGCGCCGCAGUUUGCUGGGUUUGGGUUCGCUGUCGAGUUGCUGGAUACCGUCAAGGCGUUGAAUGAUGAGAUUGUGAGGGCGGCGGGCGAGAUUGUCGAGACGCGGGAGAAACUUACGCAGUUGCAGCUGCGACCGCUGCCUCCAAUGAAGUGA